AUGCGUUUCUCGGAGAACGUCGCUCUACUGCUGGCUGCGGCUGGUGCUCGGGUUGCUGCUGACACUGGUGAACUUGGCGAUGCCAUCGUGGUGCAGGACAACCCAGUCGGUGUCGUCUACAAGGCUGUUUUGCCCGAGGAGGCAUGGUUCAAGCCUGCCUAUCCCGGUGGCGGCAACAUCCAGGGUGAGGUGGUCGCUACUGCUGCCGCCGAUGGUGUUGGUGUUACUUUCACCAUCCGGUUGAGCAACCUGCCCAAGGAGGGCGGUCCGUUCCCCUACCACCUCCACGUCGACCCCGUCCCGUCCGACGGCAACUGCACCAAGACGCUCGCCCACCUGGACCCCUUCAUCCGCGGCGAAGCAACUCCUUGCGACCCCGAGCAGCCCGCCACCUGUCAAGUGGGCGACCUGUCCGGCAAGUGGGGCGACAUCAUCCCCGACGAGAACGGCACCUUCGAGCAGACCUACACCGAUCUGUACGCCUCGACCAAAGAGGGCAUCGGCGCCUUCUUCGGCAACCGCUCUAUCGUCGUCCAUUUCCCGAACAAGACGCGCAUCACCUGCGCCAACUUCUUCCAGGUUGAAGCGGGCGACGAGGGUGAUUACUCCUCUGCAUCGGAGACGUCGACCCUGACGCCGACGCUGUUGCCGACGACCUUCGAGACCGAGACUCAGACCUUCGGCAUCCAGACCACUGGGCCGGAGCCGGACGCCCCCGUAGCGACUACUCUGCCCAACAAUGUCUCGUUUACGGGUGGUAGCCCCGCGGCCCCGACUAACACUGGUGAGCUGGCUGGUAGCGCGGCGAACCUGAAGGCUAGCUUCGCUGGUGUAGUUGUGCUGGGUGCGGCGGCGGUUGCUUUGCUCAUCUGA